AUGACUGUCACAGGCUAUAUUCACACGGGUGUGGGUGUGAUAAACUACCUUGAUUUCGUAGGCUAUGAUCUUUCAGUUUUUCCUGGCUCUGUGUUGGAUGUUAUAAAGCACAUCAUUUCAAAAGGGGAACACAAGAACGGUGUACUGGAUGAACCCAGUAUAGCUACUGUGCUGAAAGAGGUCCUUCAGGGUCUUGAGUACCUUCACAGAAAUGGACAGAUCCACAGGGAUCUCAAAGCUGGAAACAUCCUACUGGGGGAGGACGGAUCAGUGCAAAUCGCAGAUUUCGGUGUAAGUGCCUUCUUAGCCACUGGUGGUGACAUGACUCGAAAUAAAGUGCGGAAGACGUUUGUGGGAACGCCAUGUUGGAUGGCUCCAGAAGUGAUGGAGCAGGUGAAAGGUUACGACUUCAAAGCAGACAUCUGGAGUUUUGGGAUCACGGCUAUCGAGCUGGCCACAGGUGCAGCUCCUUACCACAAAUACCCUCCUAUGAAGGUGUUGAUGUUGACCCUGCAGAAUGAUCCGCCUUGUCUUGAGACUGGAAUCACAGACAAGGAGAUGGUGAAGAAAUAUGGGAAAUCCUUGAGGAAGAUGAUCUCGUUGUGUUUGCAGAGGGACCCAGAGAAAAGGCCGACAUCAUCAGAACUCUUAAAACAUAAAUUCUUCCAGAAAGCCAAGAAUAAUGAAUUCCUGCAGGAGAAAUUAUUACAGAAAGCACCUACAAUUACAGAAAGAGCGAGAAAGGUUCGGCGAGUUCCUGGCUCCAGUGGGAGACUCCAUAAAACAGAAGAUGGACAAUGGGAAUGGAGUGAUGAUGAACUGGAUGAGGAGAGCGAGGAGGGCAGAGCUGCUGUUGCUGCCUUACGGUCACCAAGAGUAAAAGAAGGACUCCAGAAUACAGAGAUAUUCCAGCCUUUCAGCAGUCACCUCCAGCCUGAACUACCUCAAGCUGCUGGCCAGGGCCCGGCCAACACUCAACACACUGCCCCAACUACUACCCCAACCCCAGCUGCGAACCCUGCGCAGGUCCCAGUUCCUGGAGCCGAUGCCUCACCGUCCCCGAUCAGUUUAGUAUUAAGGUUAAGAAACUUGAAAAAGGAACUGAAUGACAUACGAUUUGAGUUCAUGCCAGGCAGAGACACAGCAGAUGGGGUUUCUCAGGAGCUGGUAUCGGCCGGCUUGGUAGAUGGGAGAGAUUUAGUUAUAGUGGCUGCUAAUUUGCAGAAGAUAGUCGAAGAGCCUCAUUCCAAUAAAAAUGUCACAUUUAAACUGGCCUCUGGCGUUGAGGGAUCUGAGAUUCCUGAUGAUGUCAAACUCUUGGGAUUUGCUCAGCUCAGCAUUAACUAAACUUUGGCUCUGUGUGGGACCAUGACUUGCCUACAAAUGUGAAAACAAACCAACACUACCAACAGAAUGACACAUUGAUGCAUUUUUUCCCUCUUUCAAUUGCCCUAAAGAAACCACUGUUGCCAAAGAGAAAAGUACCAGCCCAUAGGAUUUCAAACGGCCCAGUGGAAGAGUUGCACAAACAUGAGAAUGAUCAGAAUUUGUAGGAAUCGAUUAAAAUAAAGUUUAGAAUUUAUUUGUAUAAGCAUGCAAUUAUCAUAACCAGAUAUAACCUCUUAAUGUUCUUCUAAUGUUUAUCUUUCUUUUCUUCUUUUUUUUGUUUGUCCUAGUUUUGCAAAAUCUGUACGGACACCCUAAAAAUUAACAAUGUAAAAAUGCCUCCAAUAUAACUACUGAGCGCAUAUAAGAGGAGUGAAACUCAAAGAAACAUGGAGUUUAUAGAGGAAAUGAGUAAAUGGGUUUAGCUAUAGUUAUAGCUUUUUUUUAACCUAUAUUUUUUCUAUGCUUUUGAAGAGAAGCAGCUAAGCAUGUUUUAUCACACCGCUUGCAUUAUUUAAUUAAGUUCAGUUUAAACCAGCUUGACGAACAUUUACAGAAUCUGAUUUUGAAAUUUCAAACAACUUUUACUUUCUCUGCUGUUAUACACAGAGCUUGAUUUCUUCAUUGUACACUGACUAGUAUCAAUACAAACACAAAAAUUCUCAAAUAUUUCAGAUGCUACAGAUAAGCUGAAUAAGUUUAAAUAGUUUAUUUAGUGUCAUUGAGCCCUAAUGAACACUCCUAAAGGCUGGUUUUACUGCUUUUUCCUUUGUUGGUGUUGGUAUUUUUUUCAUUAAUUUUUUUUUUUUUUGGCUGUCUCAACUUGCCACAUUUGCAAAUGUUACUAUCUCAUGCUGCUCUAAAGUUAUUGCCUUAAUAUUUCUACACAUUUUUGCAUCACACGUAUCUCUCCUUUUUUAGAUUCUGCAUUAAUUUGUGAAUUUUGGUUUAAAUUUUUUGACAUUAUCUGUGACUUCUGCUCAUUUUUAUAAGUAUCUCUGUAAGUGAAAAGGUAGUAGUACCUGAGGUACCUGAUGAAACUUUGGGGUUUGGCUUUUUCCUGCUCUGGAAUUGAACUUAGUAUUCAUGUGUAUUUCUGAUGUGGAUGAACUCGAUUGAGCAUGUAAAUAAUGUAAUUUGCCAUUGGUUUGAUUUUAUAUGGGAUGUUUCACUCAUGGCCUUCUUCAUAAAUAAGGUGAUGGGAGGUGGUGUCAGCUACAAAAG